GAAACUCUUAUUUUGCCAGUUUGGGUGUUACUCCAUGAUCUGCCUUUUCAUUAUUUUAAUGACAAGGCCUUAACUUUGAUCUGCAAACCCAUUGGGAAAUAUCUUGGUAUGGACAAAGCCACGUGGGAAGGGAUCAAGCCAAAUCAUGCUCAGGUUCGUGUUGAGAUGGAUCUCCUAAUGCCUUUGGUGUCUAAAGUUUUUAUUGGUACUUCUGUGGAGGAAGGUAAAGAGGAUCAAGGUUUCUUUCAACUUGUGGAAUAUGAGAAAAUCCCUUAUUAUUGUAUUCACUGCCGAAGACAAGGGCACUCGUUUGAGAAGUGCAAACUUUUAGAGGAAUACCAUGCCUUUGAAGCUAGAAGAAAGGGGAAAGAACUCGCUCAUGACACACGGCAGAAGAGGGAACGCAGCAAAAGUCGUGGACGGGAGGAACCCAAAAAGGUUUACAUUGCAAAAACCACUACCCAAGUAGCUGAGCUCACACCUGGUGAAACUGCAGCCAUUCCCCCUCCUCAUUCUGCCAUUUCUGUGCCCAACCCCAUGCAAAUUGGUCCCAAAACCCUUACCCAUGUUGGUUCCAAAAACCCCACUGCCGAACCCCUUGCAAUUAACCUGCAAAACCCACCCCAUGCCACCCAAACCCCAUCUGCCAUUGAAACCCAUACCCCUGCCCACCAAAUUCCUUCUCAUGAAAACCCUUUACCUGAAGCCUCCACUGCCAAAAACUUUGAAUCCGAUGGUCAGCGGGCGGCUGCAUUAGGCGAUGACAAUCUGCGGCAAGUGACGCUGGCGGUUUCGCGACUUGACGGCCGCUGCUCAACGACGGCUCCAAUUGAGGAUGGCGAUACAAUCUAGAUGGCAACAGCUAGCUGUGCGUAGGUCUAACGCGGCGGCUGCGCUCCCCUUCACUGCGGCAGCAAUUCCUCCGCAAUGACAAUGGCUCGCUACCUGUUCUGCCCUCAAUUACCCGCUGCUAAUGCCCGAUCUCGUCGGCGUCGCUCCUCGCAACUGAUUUGCCCCUCGACCUAAACGGGACUCCUCAAGCCGGCGGCGGCGGUCUGGCUGUGCACAGCAGAGGCGGCUACUUGGGCUCCGACAUUCUGCACUUGACGGCGGCGGCAACUCGGCGAGCGGUUGGACGACACCUGCUUGCGAUAGAGUAACCCUAGAAGACCCAAUCGGAAUUAGAGUAGGUUUCAUCGCCAAUCAGAGUUAGAAAAACACAAGCUACAAAUCAUCCAUCCAAGUAGACACUGAUCAAACUAGGGUUUCAUGGUCACCGGUGGUCCGCGGACGUUCUCUUCCCUGCCUACCAAAUUAAACGCUGGUUGUACGG